AUGUGGCGAAUAGCGCCACUAGUGAUACGGCUCCUGGCUGUGUCACUGGUGGCGCUGGUGCUCGCCGACCCCGGCCCAGGCGGGACCAGCAUGGUGUCCCGAAAACCAGAUAGACCCGAGCGUCCGGUCCGGGCCACGGGGCCUCCUCGCCGCCAGGGACGAAAGAAGAAACGCACUACCACCACAACCACUGUUGAACCGGAUGAUGAAGAUGAGCAUACCACAAUUCCAACUACCACUAUAGAUCCACGGCUCUUUGAUCACAAACACAAAUACGAGUAUACAAAGGUUUCUAAAGGAAUGCUUGAGGACGUGAAGCUAUUUAAAUUGUUUGUUUCCAAAGCUACGAACGUAAUUUGUAUGGGAACAUCAGAAGAAUUCGCUGAGUUAGUUGCUAGGACGACUGGAUAUUAG